AUUACCAGGUGCAGAAAAACUGAUAUCAAUGUUAAAUUUGACUCUGGAGGGAGGACCAUGGCGAAAAGGAAGGGACUGUUAUUUUCACUGCUGUACUUUAUGGCAGAGUUUUGGCUGACUUCACAGCAAGUCCUGAGAAUUGGGGGCAUCUUUGAGACGCUUGAGAAUGAGCCCAUCAGUGUUGAAGAACUGGCCUUUAAAUUUGCUGUUACAAACAUAAACAGGAACCGGACCUUAAUGCCAAACACCACGUUGACCUACGACAUCCAGAGAAUAAACCUAUUUGACAGUUUUGAGGCCUCAAGACGAGCCUGCGACCAGUUGGCUUUGGGAGUCGGGGCCGUAUUCGGCCCCUCUCACAGCUCGUCUGUCAGUGCGGUCCAGUCUAUUUGUAAUGCCCUGGAAGUCCCUCACAUCCAGACACGCUGGAAACACCCUUCAGUGGACAACAAAGACAGCUUCUACAUUAACCUCUACCCUGAAUACACCUCCAUAAGCCGAGCUGUGCUGGACAUAGUGCAGUUCUACAAGUGGAAGACGGUCACUGUUGUUUACGAGGACGCAACUGGACUGAUUCGUUUGCAAGAGUUGAUCAAAGCUCCAUCCAGAUACAGCAUUAAAAUCAAGAUCCGCCAGCUGCCAACAGGAAGUAAAGAUGCUCGUCCUCUACUGAAAGAGAUGAAGAAAGGGAAGGAGUUCUACGUCAUCUUUGACUGCUCUUACCAAACAUCAGCUGAUGUCCUGAAGCAGAUCUUGUCCAUGGGGAUGAUGACUGAAUAUUACCACUUCUUCUUCACCACACUGGACCUGUUCGCCCUCGAUCUGGAACCGUACCGUUACAGUGGGGUCAACAUGACGGGGUUCAGAUUGCUCAACAUAGACAGCCCUCAGGUGGCCUCGGUGGUGGAAAGGUGGGCCAUGGAGCGACUGCAGGCUCCCUCCAAAGCCGAGACUGGAAUGAUGGAGGGGAUGAUGACGACUGAAGCAGCUCUGAUGUAUGAUGCCGUCUACAUGGUGGCUGCUGCCUCGCAACGCGCCUCCCAGAUUACUGUCAGCUCCCUUCAGUGCCACCGACACAAGCCCUGGCGCUUUGGAUCACGCUUCAUGAACAUGCUCAAAGACGCACAAUGGAACGGUUUGACUGGACAAAUAAUUAUAAACAAGACGGACGGCCUGCGCAAAGAAUUCGAUUUAGAUGUCAUCAGCCUAAAGGAAGAUGGCCUGGAGAAGACAAUCGCUGGCAACAAUCGCCUGAAUAAAGUGUGGAAAAAGAUUGGUGUGUGGAACUCUCAAACAGGCCUUAAUUUAACAGAAAACAACAAGGAUUCAUCUACAAAUGUGACUGACUCAAUGGCCAACAGGACCCUCAUUGUGACAACAAUUCUGGAAAAUCCUUAUGUCAUGUAUAAGAAAUCUGAUAAGCCGCUUUAUGGAAACGAUCGCUUCGAGGGCUACUGCCUGGACCUGCUCAAAGAGCUCUCCAACAUCUUGGGCUUUUCCUAUGAGGUUAAACUGGUGUCUGACGGCAAAUAUGGAGCUCAGAAUGACAAGGGAGAGUGGAACGGCAUGGUUCGGGAACUCAUUGACCAUGUGGCUGACCUUGCUGUGGCCCCUCUCACCAUCACCUAUGUGAGAGAAAAGGUGAUAGAUUUCUCCAAGCCCUUCAUGACACUGGGGAUCAGCAUCCUCUACCACAAACCCAACGGCACCAAUCCAGGGGUGUUCUCCUUCCUCAACCCGCUGUCUCCUGAUAUCUGGAUGUAUGUGCUGCUGGCAUGUCUCGGUGUCAGCUGUGUGCUCUUUGUUAUUGCCAGGUUCACUCCCUAUGAGUGGUACAACCCUCAUCCCUGCAACCCAGACUCAGAUGUGGUUGAAAACAACUUUACUCUAAUAAACAGUGUCUGGUUUGGAGUUGGAGCACUUAUGCAGCAAGGAUCUGAACUGAUGCCUAAGGCCCUCUCAACAAGGAUAGUUGGUGGAAUAUGGUGGUUCUUUACGCUGAUCAUAAUCUCUUCAUACACUGCUAACUUGGCUGCCUUCCUCACUGUGGAGAGAAUGGACUCACCAAUCGACUCUGCAGACGACUUGGCCAAGCAAACCAAAAUAGAGUAUGGAGCUGUGAGAGAUGGCUCCACCAUGACCUUUUUUAAGAAAUCUAAGAUCUCAACUUAUGAGAAAAUGUGGGCGUUCAUGAGCAGCAGGAAAAACACAGCCUUGGUGAAAAACAACCGGGAGGGGAUUCAGAGGGUUCUUACCACUGACUACGCUCUACUCAUGGAGUCGACCAGCAUCGAGUAUAUCAGCCAGCGUAACUGCAACCUCACUCAGAUUGGUGGAUUGAUAGAUUCAAAGGGCUAUGGAGUGGGAACCCCGAUCGGCUCCCCUUACAGAGACAAAGUCACCAUUGCCAUCCUGCAGCUUCAGGAGGAAGGGAAGCUGCACAUGAUGAAGGAGAAAUGGUGGAGAGGGAAUGGCUGCCCAGAGGAGGACAGUAAAGAGGCCAGUGCUCUGGGUGUGGAGAACAUAGGGGGGAUUUUUAUUGUGCUGGCUGCCGGACUAGUUCUCUCAGUUUUUGUAGCAAUUGGAGAGUUUAUUUACAAAUCUAGAAAAAACUUGGACAUCGAGGAGGUGAGUGUUGGUCAGUGUGAAUGGCACAACAAGUAUUAACACACUAGGGGACUUUGAAGACUGUUAUGAACCUGUUUCACAUUUUGCAUUGUCAUUGUUGUCUUCAGAGGACAGCAGUAAGCACUGGGCCAACAAAAAUUUUAAGUCUGAAUGUGUUGAACUGCACUGUUACAAUCAAACCAGACGUACUUUUUAACAGAGUUUAGUGAUUUCAGUAGUUUUAAUGUAGAGCACAUGAACAUUUUAGUCUUAAUUGGAAGAAUACAUUUGUACCCCUUUUUAUGAUGACAUGGUUGUUGACCUCUGACGUCCUGACACUUAACCAUCUUGGCCUUGCUGUUA